GGUUGUGCUGGUACUGCGACUUGCUAUUUAAGUUUUAACUUUAUUUUUCGGUUAAUUUUUUUAACUUUUACGAAAUACCAACUCUUUCAGAUGCCGUUGCACAUGAUUCAGUCGCAGGAUUGAAGUCGGUUAAAAGAUGUCAGUGAAGAACAAGAGUGUGGGUACUAAAGCAGUGUUAGAAAAAAAUCCAUUGAUUGUUUAGACAGUGUUCGACAGGUUUUACGAGAAGUUGAAGAAAGACAGGCUAAUCUUGAAUUUCAGUUAGCUUUAGCUCUUCAUUCUCAAAGAACUGAGGAGGUAUACCAAAUGUUAGAUGAUUUAUCCAGUGUUGAUAAAGUUGAACUUGCAAGGGUACGGCAGUUAGUACAAGAAAGCAUUCAAGCCACAGAGAAAGAGGUUCAGAAAACCACCAGGUGUAAGGUUAAGACAUCAUCAUUAGCAUCUACAUCUCCAGGCAUAUGGUAACUAACCUGUUAUUAUCAGGAGCAAGUAGCAGAGAAACUAAGGACUAAAGCAUCAACUUCAUUUUGCAGCUUUGGUAUUAAAGAGUCGUCCAAAGAACGGAAGCAAAUAUCUGGUAACAAAGUGAUGCCAGGAGCAACAAGAAAGGAUACCAAAAGUUUGGUGACUAGAAACAUACAAACAUCUAGGUUCAAACCAGAAAAGUUUGUUAAAGAAAAACCACCAAUGGUUCGACCAGUAUCUAAUGCUGACCAUGCAAAUCGCCAACAUUUCAUUGACAUCAUAUCAGCAACUGGAGGGGCUCAACCCCCACAGCUAAACCCGUACCACAACCAAUACACUUUAUUUCCUCAGGAAACUAUCUUCAAUACUGUUCCAGAACAAGAAACACUGGGAUUUUCCAGGAGGCUAGUAAAUCUUUCUCCAGAGACUGGUUUGCCUCAUCAGACAACUUCUCAUGUUCUUGGAGAAUAUUUUCCUUGUGCUAUUCCACUUGGUCCACCCAUACAAAAAAGAAGUCCAGGUUUAGUGAUUGAUCAGACAAAUUCUGUUAUAAUUCCUAGUUCCUCUGAAAAAAGGCAGCUUCAAGAAAAAAAUAAAGUUGGUGUUGUGAAUAUUUUUUCUGGAAUACCCAAACUAGAAGAAAACAGCAAACAGUUAAUUACACAGGUUCUACCAAAUAUAAAUAUAGAGGGAAGAAAACCAAUUACCACACCAUCAAAUCUGAGGAAAGAAAAUGUGAAAGUUGUUCGAUUUGUUGAAGUGGAUGAUAAGCCUUCUGAGAUCAUCCCUCAUGAGCUCUCUGGUUUUCCAAGCUCCUAUGUUAACUUGCCCAAAUCAGGUUUUCUUAGUCAAGGCCAACAGUCUGUUCAAACUUCUAGUCACAAUCUGCAGAGUCAUGAGUUACUGAAAAAUUAUUCAACUUGGAGACGUGAUCCAGAGCUGAUAGCACGUAUUAUUUCACAACUUUCAACAGCAAGCUCCUGUGAGAUUUCUGUUCCAACUUUAUCUGAGCAUCCUAUUAGUCAUAAAGGAGAGAUUAACAGAGACACUGUAGAAAAGAUACUAGUAGAGUUAAUUAAAGAAGAAUUGCAGAACAGCUCUUCAUCAUCAGAAAAAUUAUCUCCUGAAAAUGAAGAAGAAAAUUAUUCCUAUACUUCUAUUGAAAACCAUUCACUGGAAAGAGCAAACACUUCUUCAUCUUCAGUUAAAGAACCUUUAUCUUGCACUUUGGAGAAGCUAAAGGAUACAAACCCUUCUGUAGCUAUACAGACAUCGAUACAAGAGAGUCAGGCUAGAGUGUUAACUCCAGAAGCUUCAGAUCAGACUGUACUAUCAUCAGGCAAAUCACAAUCUCCAAGCUUAACCACUAAAACCUUCCCUCCAGUGUCAACACCGGAGAGAUCUCCUCCUCAGACAACUUCUCAAAUGAUGCCAGAUCAUCCAAGCACUCCUUCUCCUUCACCUCCUCCUCCUCCUCUAAAUACUGAACUUGUUGCUGAGAAGUCUGAAAGUUCAUCUUCUUGUUUGGGAGUUAAUGUGCAAGAUGCAGCAGUCCAGUAUUCUCAAGACAACACUGUUUGUGAUUCUACAUUUGCCACCACCACAGACAGCACCGAUGAUCCUAUAUCAGAAGGGGAGUUGCUUAUAAAAAAAACAGAGCGAAUUACAGGAGUUGAAAAUGGGGAAUUUUAUAGUACAUUUCAAGACUUUGAAAAUAUUCAGGAUGAUCAGGUUAGUCACGAUCAUCCACUAAGUGAAGGAGAGGUUCAGCCGUCCAGCCUAAAUGUUCAGAUUUUACAGGACCCAGUUUCCAAAGUUUUGAGACGAUUAUCUGAUUCAAAUGGCGAGAAUGGAUUUAGAAAAAAUUGGAAGAAAGAAGUUUGGAGAGAGCUGAGCUCGGGUGAGAUACGAGGAACAGAGAUUGCUAUGAGUAUUCUAAAGGAAACUGGUGAAGUAGAUAUAAGUCAGGGAGAGUUCCCAUUAGUAAAUCUUGGUAGGAAUGUUGGACACUCCUUUCGAAGUAUCUUAUCAGAGGGAGAGAUUGCUGCUGCUACAGGAGACAGUCAACUUCCAGUUGAGGAGAUGGAAUGUUUUUGAUGAACCUGCUCCUAAGUCUGACGAACAUAUUAGAAAAGUAUAUGACCUCACUAAAAGUGAUGUGAACAAUGAUAGUUUAAGACAAGAUUACGAUGAACUAGAUGAUGAGCCAGUAAAAGAUGUCACCUCAACAUUUUCUGAAGGGCAGCUUCUUGGCAGUGAAGUAGAAAGUUUGUGGGACAUCAGCCAGAGUGAAAUAAGAAAUGGAACAGCAAUAAGCAGUACCAGUAUUUCUUCAGAAAGUUAGCAGAAUGUUACUAAGUACAAAGUUUAUAAGCCCUCAGUGAGAGUACAGUAAUAAGAGGAACAAGUAAUAAGCAGUACAGAAUUUUUCAGCUGAAGAGGAAAUUAAAGAAUUGCAUUACUUUGUUUUUACAGAAACAGAGCCUGAGGAAACAAAAUAAAUUUGAAGCUUGUCGACAGUGGAAAUACUAAAAACUGUAGUUUACUUGUAUAUAAAACUAAAUGAAAAUUCUAGAUACUUUAUGAAUUUUUUUUUCAGGAAAUAUAGAUUAUUGGGAAAACAGAAAGUUGAGAAAUAGUUUGGUUUUUAAGCUUUAACAUGUUUUUGGAACUUGAUGUAAGAUUUUGGAUUAUUUGUAAUGCACCAUGUUAAACAAAUGAAUGUUUUAAUUGUUGAUUGUAGUACUCUAGUGUUGACCGUGUUGGACAACGAAUACUAGUUGUGUUACUUUUCGGAUGUGUAAUAGUAAUGUUACUUUGAAGUUUUCUUUGAAACCUUCAACAGAGUAUACCGACAUGAAAAAUCCUGGGUUUCUUCUAUUAAAACAAAAUAUGAGAUUGUUUUAGUAUACAGUAAAUCCUACAGAUAAGGGAAGAAAAUUUUGAAUCUAAGGUUUUUUAUAUACAAAAUUCAAAAAUUGUUUAACAUUUAAUUCUUAUAUUUUAGAAACUUAAAUUGUUUGUAUAAGCUUCAGUAUUUUUUUGUUACACAUGUAAAAAUACAAAUGGUUUUCAUUAACACAUUACCCAACUUAAUACUAGUAUUUUGUAAUGCUAAUGGUAUCUAUUGACAGAAUUUAAUAUAUGACUGGGUCACCCACUAUUCAGAGAUUAUGAAGAAUU